CCUUUAAAUAGAUCAACCUGACGCUGCUGGUGCUCCAGAGCUGCAGAAGAAUUUUACAUUUGACAUCUGAGAGCAAAUAUUUCAACCACAGGGCUGCUUCUCCUCCAGAUCUGCAGAGAUGGCUGAUGUUUUCAAAAGCCUGAACCUCCUUGAGACCCUCAAAGAGUCCAUGGAGCACAAUAAGUUAUCAGAUGUCAAGGAUGCAGUGGAAGAUCUCCUGAUCAGCAGGAUCAAUUUAGCGGUGAUAGGGGACCGUGGGGAUGAAAAAGCCACCUUCAUAAACUCCCUUCGUGGCCUCAGUUCUGGGGACGAUGGAGCCGCUCCGUCUCCGUCCACCGUUGCCCCGGAGGAAGUGGCGGGCUACCCAGACCCUAAACACCCCGACUUUCGCCUGUGGGAUCUGCCACCUGUCCCGUCCACCUCUCCAUUUGAACCCGAGGGAUACAUGGAUAGAGUUAAGUUUUCCCGCUACAAUGCUGUCUUCAUGACAUUCACACAGACGCCCCAACCAAACAGUGUGGUGGUGUUCCUUGAGGCCCGGUCACUGCAGCGACAAACCGUGUACUUCAUUCUCUUGGCUUCAGCAAAAGGCACAGAAAAAAGCCUGGAAGAAAAGAGGAAAGCCAGUUUGGAAGUGCUGACAUCACAGGGCGUGGCGCUGCCUAAAGUCUACCUGGUGAGACCCUCCACCCUGGAGAAGUUUGACUUCCCUGGCCUACUGGAGGACAUGGGAAGAGAUCUUCCAGAGAUCCGAGCCCAUGCCCUUCUCUUGGCUCUCCCGACGCUUACCUCCACCCUGGUCACUCAGAAAAAGGAGGCAUUCAAAGCGCUAGUAUGGGCCGCCGCAUCGCUAUCUGGCGGGGUGUCGGCUAUUCCUGUUCCCCUCGUGGCCUCCAUGGUGGACUCAAGUGUAGCAGUGCGGAUUCUAACCAAAGCACAUUUAUCUCUGUGCCUGGACGAUGAAUCGGUCGAGCGACUGGCCCGACAGCGAGGCAUGGAACCCGCAAGACUUAAAGGGCUGCGGACUUGCGUUCUGUCAGUGGAGGUCACCAAAGGUGAAGUGAAAAAGCGUCUGGCGGCGGCAGAAAAGGACUUGGCCACAGUUUCGUCAAAGCUGGUGGAGAUGGCGAUGCCCAGACACGCCCGUUCGGCCAGCCGCUCCUUCGCCGCCAUGCUACAAGCCUUAAACUGCGCCAUUGACGAAAUGGCGGCUGAUGCUGAGAAGAUAGCGGCUGCUGCUCUUGGGGAGGAAAAGUGAAGUCAAAUGUUUUUUUCUCUGUAAUG